CGACUGGGAUGGACGCAACCUGCCGGAAGACAAUCUGUUUCGACCAGUUUUGUCCGACGGGGACAAUCGGAUCCUGAGAUACAUUACAGAGCCUCUUCCAAGAUCUCUCCACCGGACAAGCUCCCUCAUCAGACCAUCGACGCAUAGACGCCGACUCAUACCGGAUAAGGCUACAACACCCCACAGACGUUCACGACCGACGAGCAAAAUGUGCGAUUACACCAAAGUCGAAUACGCCUGCGGUCAUCUGAGAUACACCGUGCGCGCCUGGUGCAUCAAGUAUCAAGAGACCCAUAAGCGGUGUCCGGCAAACGUUGUUGCCAUCGAAUACAGGCUUGACGAGAAGUGCGGCGACUGCAGAGAGAACACCUCGCCAAUGUACACGCUGAAGAAGAAGGCCUCAGUGCUCCCCAAGAAGGAAAAUUCGUCGUCGUCCAGGAAGUGAUUGCGGCGAUGGACUUUGUGCUUGUUUGUUGGAUGGUAGUGCGAAAUGGCAUCAAACCAGUGACCACUUG